AUGCCAGAGUUCUCGGAAAUAACUGAAACAUCAGCACGAAACUUAUACAAAGAAAGUGGUGGUAAUCAUUCUCGGAUUGUUUAUCGAGGACAGUUGAUGUCGAAGACAGAAUUUGGCAACAUGAAAACUAGUACUGAUAAACUAAUUUCAACACAUACAUUUCUAUCGACAACAACUAACAUUGAUGUUGCAAAAAUGUAUUCAGGAUAUAGUGCUCAGGAAUCACUCCUAUCUGUUCCAUUUGAAAUCGAAAUAACUUCGAGAUUCAAUUGUAAAACGGCGUUAUUUGCCAGUAUUGAAUACUUCAGCCAGUUCCAGAAAGAAUGUAAAAUACUGUUUACCAUGAAUGCUGUUUUUCGAUUAAUAUCAAUUGAAAAAUUGGGAAAAGAAGAAAUAUGGCAGGUGAAACUGCUAUUAGUUGAGCGUGACAAUGAACUCGAAAGUCAACAUAUUACCACAUUAAUUCAACAGAGGAAAAGCAGUUUUUGCACUGUCGAAGAGGGAGAUUAUCAAACAGCCUUAGAACAUGCAUUAAAGGCGAAUGAAGUUUAUGAAAGUUUAACGGGUGCAUAA